AUGGCUGAUCGCCAGUGGAGUGUUGUUUCUCCUUUGGCAAAUUUCGCCAGCAGCGCCGUCGCCCUGCUUCUUGUUUUCGCCGUGCUGAGUUCGCGAAGAGCGAAUGCGCAGGGCGAGCCGGACUGGCGAGCGGAAACGGCGUCUGUUCUUCAGCAGGUGUCGCAGCAGGCGUUUCUAUCCUCGUUCGCCGCCAUUUUCAGCGAGUUCUGUAACCACCAUGCCCAUGUGCCUCUGUUCGUUCUGCGCGUUCGCAUCCUCCCCCUCUCCUCUCCAGUCGCCUCCCUUCCACCAUUUUUGCAAGGCGGGCAGCAGCCCAUCACAGCCCCCGCCAAGCUGCUCGUCCCCACCAACGUGGGUCACUGGCAAUACCUAGCGCACUGGACCGCCCUCUCCCCCACGCACCAGCGCCGGUUACUGCGUUACCACAUCCUCCCCGGCCGCUACACCGCGCAGCAACUCCUGGACGCCCCGCCGCUCACCCUCUUCCCCACCUUCACCGCCUGCCGCUAA